GAGACUACUCGCCGACAUUAGAGAAUUCAACUGCACACCAUCGUUCUUUAGUAGCUUUAUCCUUGCUGGCCUUUGCCAAUAGAUUUACAAGUGUAAAGAUGGCAUUGAAUUGAGGCUAGUGUUCAUCAAUAUCGUCAGCACCGGAGGACAUCAAACGAUAGAGGCGUCUAUGAAUAAUGAUGAACAUACACACAAUCGUUUGCCAUAGUAGCAAGCGAAAGCUCUUAGGGUUUGGGAGAACCAACAGUGAAAGAGCCAGUCUGCUCGUAUCGUCCGGUCUGGUCGGUCGACACAGUGUGAGCCGCGCGCUUGAACAGAAUGACCAGAGUUCGACCGGUUCCUAUCUCGCAUCCUGUGCUGCAGUGCCGACUCUUAGUUUGGAAAGCGCAUUUCGAGAUUCAUGUCACAUUAUCUAAGUGCUUGAAGUUUCUCAGCUUUGAUCGAUAUAUCUGUGAUACCUCCGAGGUGCUGGCACGAACCGGUCUCGUCAGAAUUUGAGAGUCAAUUUUGAUGAUGAGUGAAGUUGGAGCCUAGCGUUUCACUGGCGAUUUUUCUUGUACAGCCGAAAGAACCAUUUGAGGUCAACCCAUAUGGUCGGUAGCAAAGGAUGCUUUCGCUUUGACUGAGGGCAGUAUAAGACCACAUUGGACCUCAACUCUCACGUCAAACCUUUGUACAAUGUAGUCAAUUCUGACCCCGACUUUACAACGCCAAUGUUUUAAUUGCAGAACCCUAGUGUAUCAUGCUAAAACCACAUCAUAGAUGGGAAUGCUGACUUCCAGUACCAUUUUUGAGCCCCAUAUACAUUAUACCGGAGAAGCCGACCGAAACAAUUUCAUGAAGCUUUUCAAAAGGAUUAUACCUUGACUUUAAUGCGGCCGUAGGGUCAGUGAGCCCUUGGGGUAAUCAUUGCGCCACCAGGAUCAACGGGGAUAGACUUGUAAUCUGAAUGUAAACAGGUCUCUGAGCCUAACUGGAGAACGAAUGCACAAGAACCGCGGAGCCCAAUUCAAAGGUCUUGUUGGAAAAACCUGUGUCCAUUAUAAUCAUCUAGCACUAGAUAUUUUCAACAUGCCGUCGCAUCAUGAUGACGAGGAUGUUCAUCACUCAGAGAAGGUGGGCACCGCCGAGCAGCAAAGAAAUGCUACCAGAACUUAUACUUACAAGAGCUAUUGGCGAGGUGGUAAGGAUAAUGAAAGCAAGAUUUACAUUCAAGUUCGAAAUAUCUCCUGGAGCUCAAUGAAAGCGUCUUUAGUUAAGGAGUUGAUCGGGGUCAUUUAUGAUGAAGAUGAAGCACGGCCGGAAGCCGACAAGGAAAAAUGGUUCAGUCAUGAAAAUACGAGCCUUACCAUCAAGUGGACAGUGGAUCAGAGAAAUAAUAUAGCACAACUCUAUACAUACGAUGUCGACGGAGAAAGGCGACCGAAAGGUCGUGACCAUCCACGAGGAACAUGGAUGCAAUAUAACACUUUGCUCGGCUCUGGAUAUGUUUUUAACAAAACGAGUAAUUCAAAUGCUCGAGAAGGCAUUCUGAAUAAGGCGAGAGAGCUAUUUGUACACAAAAGGCCUAAUUCCAAGACUAUGGAGGGAGACUGGACGUAUGUUGAAGAAAAUGGAAAAUACAAGCUUGAUGAACGUAAAAAUCUCGAUGAUUGGGCUAAAACUAAAGUCGAAAAUGAUCUGCCUUGGGCUGCUAGAACUGAGAUAAUCAAGACAAUCAAGAGUGGUUUUACUUUACCAUAUAAAUUCAGAAACUGCAACUUUCAGGUCUUCAACGACUGCAAAGUAAACUUGGAUGAGGUGACCUUGGGUAAAUUGUUUCGCGACUAUUUCUCAUUCAGACAGAUUGGCCCCCAGGAAAAAAAAUGGGCCUACUGGCGAAUGACAGAAGAAAAAAGUAGUACUGGAAGGACCUACUUUUCCAUUUCAAAAUAUCAUCCUAGCGGUAAGAUAAUGCCGUACCACACGUCGAGCAACAAGAAAGUUUUGAUUCUCAACAAUACCACUAACCAAAGUUACCAAGAGGUACAAGGGAAACUUGAGACUACCAGUAAGUUUCAAAGGAAUGCACAAAACGAAAGUCACUGGAAACUUGGUUGGCGCGAGGAGGAAGGAGCUGAAAAGGGUCACCUUACCGUUGAGAAAAUCAGUAAUGAUGAAUCAAAGGAACAAGAACGCUCCCGAUCCCGCUCCCGUUCUCACUCCCAAUUCCACUCCCGCCACAAGAGACCGGAGAGCGAGAGCGGCAAUGGAAGUUCAAGUAGCACUGUUAGCGACGGUAAUUCAAAAGUGGGGAAGAUUCGCUCGCAAAAACCAAUUCCAAGUCCUUUGUUUGGCUACACACAUUCCCUUGCUGAAAGCCCACAUUCGACGAAGAUUUGGAGUGGUAGACCUGAAUCAAAUAAUUCUUCAUUGAUAGGUAUCCACGGAAUUAAUCAAAUUGUUGAAUACUACGGACAUGAGCUAAUAAAUGAUACAUCGUUGAGUCUAUGGUGGGAUGAAAUAGCCGAUAUUUUACUCUCAGAAAAUAUCAUCAUACCUAUCAGCGCGAAAGAACCGAAGAAGCAAGGCACACUCACCGAGCAAGACGGAAAUUUAGUGAUUGAAAUCGACCCUUACUCAAGUAACACCGGAGCGGGUGUGAAAUCUUUUGUAUCAAGCUUGUCCAAUCUAUGUGAUGCGCCUCUUGGAACUCCAAAAGACUCAUGUACCCAUAAAAGAUGCAGGAUCAAGACUUAUCUGCUUCCCAAAUCUAGAGACAGUGGUCUUCGUCGUUACUAUCCCUCGGUAUCCAUUCGUAAUAGGCUUAGCGAUAAAGUGGCAUAUAUAAGUAUCCUACGCGGACUACGCGAAUUAGUAAACAAACUAGGUAGCCAAGUCUUCUUGGCCCAAAACAAAGGUGAGAUAUGGGAACUCGUAGAGAAAAGUGAUGGAAACUAUCUCUCAAAACCGAACUCCACACCACUCCGUAUAACAAUAGUUCCACUUGCAAAGAAACGAAAAGACACUUCAUCAAAAACUGUAUAUCACUCUUCCUACGAAUCACAAAGAGAUAUAAUUUCCAGAUCUCACUCUACUCACAGUCGUGCUAGCAGUAACCAACCUCGCACUGCUAGAAGUCUCGCACUCUCAGAAUACGAGAGAUAUACCGAUAGACACCCAGACUCCAUCCGCAGUCGCAAACAUGAGUCUCGCUCCUUAGACUCUCGCUCCGGCGCCGAAUCAAGUGCCGGGAAUCAAUUUAUCUCCUUUGCUCAACUUCCACCCGCCGAUGGUAGGACUUCAACCUCGAGUAUGCAUCCACACCCGCACCCACAAACAGCAGCGCCAAAAAAGAAAAGUUUGAAAACGGGAAUUAUGGACAUGGCCAUACGUCUCAGGAAAGAGCAAAGAGGAAGAACACGCAAGAGAAAGCACGCGAGGGAGGAGAAGUGGCUCAAGGGAAGGGAGGAGAAGAAAAAGCGGGAAGAUGAAAGGCUGGAAGAGAAAAGGAUGAAGGACAAAAGGCGAGAAGAGGAAGAUUGGGAAAGGGAAAGGGAAAGGGAAAGGGAAAGGGAAAGGGAAAGGGAAAGGGAAAGGGAAAGGAGAAAGGGGGGAAAUAGAGUAUAUUCUUAUCAUGAGGAAUGGAAUGGCCCGCGUGGGAGACAUAUUAACCUGAGAUUUUCGGGCUCCAUUGGUUAAGAGGUUCAUAGCGGUUUUGGUAGGGGAGGGGGUAGAAAAAAGAGGGAAAGGAAUAUGUGGGUAUUGUUACGAGGGUUUCUUUUUUUUUGCUUUCCUUACUUUUGUUUUUGUCA